UCUUUUCUUUUUUUAUUUCACGUAGUAAAAAUCAAUUGAUCAUAUGUUUUUAGUUACAAAUCAAUCUUAAGCGCCACUGCGUUUUUAAUCGGCUAAUUCAUUGCUUUUCCUUUAUUUUUUUAUUUUGAUUAAUAUCAAAAUUAAAAACGUUAAUAUUACCAAGAAAAAUUCAAUUAAAGACGUACGAUAUGUGACUCUUGUUAUUCAGUGAAUACAUGACUCGUGUGAGCUCGCUGUGUGUUGUGUUCAAACAAUUAUUAAUAUUUAUUUUCCUUUAAUAUCUUCCAUAAAAAAAAAAACAAAAAAAACAAAACAAAAAACAAAAGUGUCUUCUUUAAAAUCUUUAAACUUAAAACUCUUCAAAUUUUCAUCAGUUUUUAUUUUAAAACUCAAAACAUUGUUAUUGUUUGGUUUGUUAUCAGAAGUACUUGUGCUUGUGUAAUAAAAAAUAUAACAGUGCUUCUUAACAUUGAAUUGCAUCAUCUAGAAGAAUUUAUCAAAACAUAAGUUUUUUUCUUUUUCUUUUUUUUGGUUAUAACCAAUUUAGUCAAAUCAUCAAAUAUGGAAUUCCCAUUAUGGAAUAAGUUUUUUAUUUUUGCUGAUAUUAUAAUGAGAGUGCCACCAUUGUUCAUUAUUGAUGGAUUAUUUCGUCUUGAUAUUGAAGAUUCAGAUAAAAUUGUUAUAUUAAACAAAACUGACAAUUUCAUACUUGACAAUGACUCAAGUAGUUUCUUUGAAUCUACUUCUUUUUAUGGGAAUAGUUCCUUCCUAACAUAUUACUUUAACUUUAAAGAAAGUAAUGGUUACCAAACGUUUUUUAUGUUAGCAGUGGUGAAUAUAAUAUUUUGUUUAGCAAUCAUAGCAGCUUUAUGCGCAUUCAUGUUAUGGACAAAACAUCUUAUAAUUCUUUACUUAUACAUGACAUCUGUAGGAAUAAUAUUUAUUUCCUAUUGGUCAAAUGCUAAUACUAUCAAAGCUGUAAUAGCAUAUAUGAGCAAGCCUGAAUAUACAGCCAGUUUAUUGGAUGAUAUAUUAACAUUGAAUUUAACUUCUAUUAUUAAAGAAGGAAUAGGAUCUCUGAUUAUUCAGAAUUAUAUAUUACAGUGUUUACUGGCUACCAUUUUUUGUUAUAUACAUUUUGCUCCGAGACAUUAUAUUCUACAGAAAUUAUUGGUAUUAAGUUUUAUGGCGCCAUCACUUUUGGCUAUUUAUCCAUUACCUAUAUCAAUUCUUUCUAAUACGCCAGUUUAUGCUACGCUAUUUCCAUUAGCUGUUUGUAAAUUUAUAAUCUGGUAUAACAGCGUUUUAAUUUUGAAAACAAUAUAUCAGGGAUAUGCUCACGCACGUAAUUUUAUAAAUAAUUAUGGUCUAUCUGCUCUGUUAGAGACAGAAUGGUUUCGUUUAAACGUUCCAAGCGUAUUACGUACGUUUUGGUUGUUAAGAAUAGGAGAACAAGUCAUCAAAAUAUUGGAAAAUCAUUAUGGCGAUGAUGAUUUUUCAUAUUACGAUAUGAUUAGAACCUUAUUGGUAAAUGGCUGUGAAACUUUAACGGCAUUGUUAGGAAUGACUAGUAUAAUAUCACUUAUUUGUCAUUAUAUUGGUUGUUUCUUUCAAUGGGUAUUAUUGACUGAAGAUGGAGAUGAAAAAAGCAUUGGUGCAAUAUCAGCAAUGUUAUUCUAUAUAUUAGCGUUACAAACUGGACUGACAAGCUUAGAUAGAGAAAAUCGAUUAGUCAAAUUAUGUAGAAAUUUUUGCUUAUUAUUUACCGCAGUACUACAUUUUGUACAUAACAUUGUAAAUCCAUUAUUAAUGUCUCUCAGUGCCUCACACAAUUCAGCACUGCAUAGGCAUUUACGUGCUCUUGCGGUUUGCGCCUUCCUGAUAUUCUUUCCAGUAACUUUAUUGGCAUUCCUUUGGUCACAAUAUAGCGUGAGCACAUGGUUAUUGGCUGUGUCUAUCUUCAGUGUUGAAGUUAUAAUCAAAGUAAUGGUAUCCUUGGCUAUAUACGUAUUAUUUCUCAUCGAUACUUAUCGUACAGCAUUUUGGGAAGAAUUGGAUGAUUGCGUUUAUAUUAUAAGAUCAUUUGGCAAUGUCAUUGAAUUUGCAUUUGGCGUAAUAUUAUUAUUCAAUGGUUUUUGGAUAUUAAUAUUUGAAGCUGGCGGUGCUAUUCGCGCGAUUAUGAUGUGCAUUCACGCAUAUUUUAAUAUUUGGUGCGAAGUUAAAGCUGGAUGGUUGGUUUUUAUGAAAAGACGUACUGCAGUUAACAAAAUAAAUUCAUUGGCAGAGGCGAAAUUUGAACAAUUACGAUCGCUCAAUGAUGUAUGUGCCAUAUGUUAUCAAGAAAUGCAAUCAGCAAAAAUUACACGUUGCAAUCAUUACUUCCAUGGUGUAUGUUUACGAAAAUGGCUCUACGUACAAGAUCGAUGUCCACUUUGUCACGAUGUUGUUUAUCAACCACAAAAUAAAGAUGAUUAUUCUUCAGAUUUGCCAGUACAAGAAUAGAGAUUAAAUAUUUAAAAAAAAAUAAAAAUAAAAUAAAAAGAA